AGUCCUACACUAAAAGGAGGUUAAACGAAACGUUUUGAACACGAUGAAAUUCUUUGUUGUAUUUGCUUGCGCUUUGGCCGCAGCUUCCGCCGGAUAUGUAACUCCAUUGGUUUAUGGUGAACAGCAUUUGGCUGUGAUCGGAGCUGACGGUGUUCCGAUUGAUACAGCUGCAGUGCAACAAGCUAGGGCUGAGCAUUCAGUGCACAAGUUGAACGCUCAACUUAGGAAUGGAGAUUUAGUUCAUGUUGCUCAUCCUGUUGUAGCCUCCCCAGUUGUUCACGGAUUAUCCCCGGUUGUUCCUCUGGAGACUCCUGAAGUUGUUGCCGCUAAGAUCAACCAUUUCGCCGCUCACGCCGAAGCUUUGGCUCGCAACAACCACGUUUUGUACCGUCACCGUCGUGGAAUCUACAACCAACCCCAAUAUUACAACAACAAUAACAACUACAACAACAAUGUUGCUCCAGAACAUGUCCCGGUCAUCUCCAACGGUGUCCCAAUUGAAACCGAAGAAGUCCAACAGGCUAGGGCAGCUCAUUACGCAGCAGUAGCCGAAGCCGCAGCUCGCAACGGUUACGCAACUGCUCCAUUCCAAGGAGGAUACUCCGCGCCAGCUCAGGCCGCUCCUCAGUACGCCCCUGCUAAGCAUCACGUGCAAUCCAACGGCGGUUUCCAACCCGUCGACACCUUGGAAGUGCAGCAAGCCAAGGCCGCCCACUUCGCCGCCGUCGCCCAAGCCGAAGCCCGCGAGAACAAGUACUCAGCUCCAUCUUACGGUCAACAACAACAACAACAUGUUCCAUCUUACGUACCACAACAAUCUUACGUUCCUCAACAACAACAACAACGUGUUCAAUCUUACGUACCACAACAGCAAUCCUUCGCUCAACAUCAACCAACUUACACUCAACAACAACAACAAUCUUACACUCCACAACAACAAUCUUAUUCUUCUCAACAGCAAAGACCAACUUAUGCUCACCAUCAGCAGCAGCAAGGUCCCGCUUACGAACAGCACAUCCCCGUGAUUGCUAACGGAGUACCAACUGAGACACCGGAAGUUCAACAGGCCAAAGCCGCCCAUUUGGACGCCCUCGCCAAGGCUUCCGCUCAAUCCCAAUCUCACGGCUACUCCGAUUAUUGAAGUUCUUUUUGUUUAUCUAAAUUUUGUACCAUAAAAGUGUAAUUAGUUA